GUGAAAGUCGUGAAGCUCCGGUACGACAAGCUCUCGGCAACGAUAUCACAGAUGACGCGCACGCAACCCCAAGCAGUGUUGAAGGUGACGGUGGCGGCCCUUGCUGUGGCCCUCUGCACCGCCUUCCCCGGUCAGUUGCAAUCCUCGUCACAGGUGUCCUCCUCAGGGUACAGCACCGGAGCCCAGAGUCAGUUCGUGAACCAAGACGGCGUCACAAUCGGCCAAUGUUCGUAUCUCGAUGAACAAGGACGGGAGGUUAAGAUCGACUACACUGAAUACCCUGAUGGAAGACUGGAAGCCAAGGCGAGGGAAUCCUUCGUGACAGACCCUAAGGCCGCCCUCCGCACCUGCCAGAAUCAAGUCAAGGCUGGACAGAAUCAGCUUGAGGAACAACUGAGGCAGGACCUGUUCGGCGGGUUCGGUGUCGUGCAGCCCCAGGGACCAGCGUCCGGGGCUGACGGCGGCUUCGCGUUUGUCUCCGACGACGCCAGCUUCCCGGGCCACGGCAUCAUCCAGGGCUCCUCGUCGUGGGGCGGCUCCUUCCCCAACCAAGGGCCCGGGUCCUUCCAGGGCUCCUCGUACUUCGGCAGCAACUUCCCCUCGCAAGGGCCCGGGGUAUUCCAGGUGUCCUCGGGAGACUUCGGGGCCCAGAUCCUGGUGGUGAGCCAGGACGGCGUCACGACCGGCCUCUGCUCCUACGUGGACCAGCAGGGUCGCUCCGUCAAGAUCAACUACUCCGAGUACCCUAAUGGCACAGUGGAGGCCAACUCGAACCAGGACUUCGUGACUGACCCUGUUGCAGCUCUCGGGCCUUGCAAGGAAGCUGUUCGACGCCAGCAAGAGAGCCACCGACAGCUGGUUUUGCAGCUUGAGAAAGAACAGCAAGACCUCCAGCAGAAUCUGCAGAGACAACAGCAGAACCUCCAGGAGCAGCUACACCGUCAGCAGCAGCACCUCCAGAACCAGCUGCGCCGUCAGCAAGCGACUUUCCGAAGUCAGCAGCAGAAUCUCCAAGAGCAACUUCGCCGUCAGCAUCAAAAUAUCUUCGGUUCUGGUCAUUUCCCAUUUUCUUUUCCCAGUUUUCCCUUUUUCUAUGAUGACGCCGACUACUAAAUAUGUUUAAGAGACUGUAUGUUGUGUCUCUGUGUUUUUCUUUGUGUUUUUUCAGUCUUUUUUAAGUGAUUAGUUCACGCACCUUGGCUGUCCAUGGCCUUCAGUGAUUCCCUUUCAGCUUCAUAGUCAACAGAAUUCGUUAAAUGUUAAACGAAGUAUCUAAGCGAAGUUUUUGUAAUGAGGAAGCCUAGUAACUUCUGCGGGAAUAUAUAUUACACAUGUGAUCGUGAAGUUCUUUUCGUUUUAUGUAUUGACUGGCUUGUCGUGUUAUUUCUGUUCCCACGUUAAAACGAAUACCCAUUUCCAUGCGUUGCAAUUAUGUUAUUGGAUGUAUAUGUGACCACAGUUGAUGAAUAAAGUCUUCAUCAUCAAAUAGUU